CGUGAGUUGAUGAUGUCCACAUGUCUUUAAAUAAGUGUUCGACAUGGCACACACCAGCCUGGAUAGGAUCAUCGCUCUGCAGAGGAACCCUGCGAACAUCAGGAACCUGUGCAUCCUGGCACAUGUGGACCAUGGUAAAACUACUCUGGCUGACUGCUUGGUGGCAAGUAACGGAAUCAUAUCCAGUCGGCUGGCCGGGAAGCUGAGGUAUCUGGACAGCAGGGAGGAUGAACAGAUCCGAGGAAUCACCAUGAAGUCCAGCGCCAUCUCUCUGCAUCACACAACGGGAGAUCAGGAGUACUUACUGAACCUGAUCGACUCUCCUGGUCACGUGGACUUCUCCUCAGAAGUGUCCACUGCUGUCCGGCUGUGCGACGGGGCCAUUGUGGUGGUGGAUGCUGUGGAGGGAGUGUGUCCACAGACGCAGGUUGUGCUGCGUCAGGCGUGGCUGGAGAACAUCAGGCCUGUUCUGGUCAUCAAUAAGAUAGACCGCCUCAUUCUGGAGCUGAAGCUGUCCUCUCAGGAAGCUUUCAUCCACCUGCAGAAGAUCCUGGAACAGGUGAAUGCAGUGACAGGGACUUUGUUCACAUCCAAAGUGCUCGAGGAGCGAGCAGAGAAGGAAAAGGACAAGGAGGAGGAGGAGGACAAAGAGGAGGUGGAGACGCUGACUGGCGACCAGGUGUAUGACUGGAGCGCCGGGCUGGAGGAGGCGGACGACUCCCUGCUCUACUUUUCUCCUGAUCAAGGAAACGUGGUGUUUGCCAGUGCCAUAGACGGGUGGGGCUUCAGCAUCCAGCAGUUUGCCCACAUCUACAGCCAGAAAAUGGGUAUUAAAGCAGAGGUGCUGCUCAAAACCCUGUGGGGGGACUACUACCUCAACGCUAAAGCAAAGAGGAUCAUGAAAGGAGCUCAGGCCAAAGGGAAGAAGCCUCUUUUUGUGCAGCUGGUACUGGACAACAUUUGGAGCUUAUAUGAUGCUGUGGUCACCAGAAGAGACAAGGAGAAGGUGGAGAAGGUGGUGUCCUCUCUGGGGUUGAAGGUGAUGUCCAGGGACUCUCGGCACUCUGACCCCAAAGUCCUGCUGUCUGCCAUCUGCAGCCAGUGGUUACCUGUGUCCCAGGCUGUCCUUGCGAUGGUGUGUGAGAAACUCCCCAGCCCCUUAGACAUCACGGAGGAGCGGGUGGAGAAGCUGAUGAGUGUCGGAGCGCGGAGAUUUGACUCACUGCCUGAACAGACGCAGGAACUGAAAAGAGCGUUCCUCCGGUGUGGAAGCGGGGAGGAUGAUCCACUCAUUAUCUUUGUGUCCAAGAUGUUCACUGUGGACAACAAGGCCUUGCCUAAGAACAGACAAAGGCCAUUGACACACGAGGAGAUUGCGCAGCGCAGAGAGCUGGCGAGACAGAGACAUGCUGAAAAACUGGCAGCUGAUCAGACGGCAGCAGAGAACCCCACAGCCCGCCCCCCCUCAGAGAGCAUGCAACAGGAAGCCCAGCUGGCAGAAAUCAGCACAGCUAAGAUGGAGAGUUUGACCCUGAAAGACUCCAAGCCAGAGGAGGAAGAGGAGCAGCAGAACUUUGUGGCGUUUGCGCGGAUCUACAGCGGGGUGGUGAAGAAAGGGCAGAGGGUGUUUGUGCUUGGACCAAAGUACGACCCCGCCAAGGGCCUGAGCAUGCUGCCAGACGGCUGCAGGGCUUCAGACUGCGUUCCUGAGGUUCCUCACAUGUGCUGCUGCUCCAUGGAGAGCCUGUUCCUGCUGAUGGGCCGUGACCUGGAGGAUCUGCAGCAGGUGCCUGCUGGGAACGUCCUGGGUAUCGGAGGUCUGGAGGAAUGCGUCUUGAAGUCAGCCACCUUGUCCACCUCCCCUGCCUGCCCCCCCUUCAUCCCACUCAACAUGGAGGCCAUGCCCAUCGUACGGGUGGCCAUCGAACCCAAACACCACAGUGACAUGCCGAAGCUGGUGCGUGGGAUGCGUCUGUUGAACCAGGCAGACCCCUGUGCUGAGGUUCUGAUCCAGGAGACAGGAGAACAUGUUCUGGUCACCGCUGGGGAGGUUCACCUGCAGCGCUGCCUGGACGACCUCAGAGAACGGUUUGCUAAAAUUGAGAUCAGCGCGUCCAAGCCCAUCAUUCCUUUCAGAGAAACCGUGGUGCGUCCGCCCAAAGUGGACAUGGUGAAUGAAGAGCUGGGCCAUCAGCACAAAGUCGCCAUCCACCGGGUGAAAGAAGAGGCCUCUCAGGGACGUUCAUCUGACACGCUCCAUGUGGACCCCAGUGGCCUGGUCACCCUCGCCACCCCCAACAGGCUGGCCUCCGUCAGCGUGCGGGCCGCCCCCCUGCCACAAGAUGUGACGUCUCUGUUGGAAAGCAGCACGGAGCUCAUCCGGACUCUGGAGCAGGUGAACAUGUCCCUGAGGGAGGGGAGGAGCGUGGACAUCAGCCCAAGGACUCUGGAGGCCAUCGCUGGAUUCAAAGCCCAGCUGGAGGAGCUUCUGCAGGGGCGGAGGUGGAGGAACGCUGUGGAGCACAUCUGGGCCUUCGGGCCCCGCAGAUAUGGUCCCAACAUCCUGCUGAACAGUGUGGAGGGCUACCAGCGGCCCUCGGUGUGGCAGUGUCUUUGUCGGGGGGGCGGCGCCGCUGAGGCCGGAGCUCAGACCCCCUUCACUCGUGAUUUAGACAACAGCAUCGUCAGCGGCUUCCAACUCGCAACCCUGUCAGGGCCCAUGUGUGAGGAGCCAUUGAUGGGGGUCUGCUUCUCCCUGGAGAGGUGGGACAUCCAGUCUGCUGCCCCCCAACAUCAGGACUCUGUGGAAGAGGACUCCAUAUCCCAUGAGGCUUCAGCUGACGGUAAAGCGGAGGAAAGCAGUGAGACCCCUGCCCAGCCGGUGGGUCUGGUAUCAAGGCCAAGCCAGGCUAGGCGCAGACCUGAGGGCCCCCCCCAAGGCUGCUAUGGGCCGGUGUCUGGUCAGCUGAUCGCUGCCAUGAAGGAAGCGUGCCGCCACGCCUUCCAGGCUCAGCCGCAGAGACUCAUGGCCGCCAUGUACACCUGCGAGAUCAUGGCCACCGCCGAGGUGCUGGGCAGAGUGUACGGCGUGCUGGGGAAGCGCGAGGGCCGGGUCCUCCAUGAGGAGAUGAAGGAGGGCACAGACAUGUUCCUCAUCAAGGCCGUCCUGCCCGUCGCUGAGAGCUUCGGAUUCGCCGACGAGAUCCGCAAGAGGACCAGCGGACUGGCCAGCCCACAGCUGGUCUUCAGCCACUGGGAGGUGAUCAGCAGCGAUCCAUACUGGGUUCCCACCACAGAAGAGGAGUACUUGCACUUUGGGGAGAAAGCAGACUCUGCAAACCAGGCCCUGAAGUACAUGAACGCUGUCCGCCGCCGCAAAGGCCUUUAUGUGGAGGAGAAGACCGUGGAGCACGCAGAGAAACAGAGAACACUGGGCAAAAACAAGUAGAGCGGGAAAGACUCAGGAGCAGAUCGUCCUCCCCAGCUCUUCCGUUAAUGACUAUCGUUACAGAGGGGCAGAUAUGGUGUCCAAUACCACAGACACUUCUCUGACUUGCUGUUCAUUCAAAAGGCAGACUCCUUGCAUAUUUUCUCGUGCAAAAGAACAAAUGUAAAAUCCACAUAUUUAUGGUCUUGAUUGGUGUGAUGCAUCUUGACAAUAAAAGUCUGCUUCUUUUGAGCAAUGGGAUUGUUUUCA